CCGGGGAAGUCUCGCUCUCUGCCGCAUCUCUCGCGGGAACGGUCGGCCAAGAUGGCGGCGGUGCCGGGCCGUUGAGCGGGGCUCCGCGGGCGGGCGGGCAGACGGCUGCUCGGCGCGGCGGGCUCCGGGUGCUUCCGGCGGGGGAUGCCGACGGCAGGACACUCGCCGCCGCGGCUCUGAGCGCAUCGACCCUCCGGGUGCCGCGUACCUUCCCGGCGGGGCCCCGCCGCGCGCGGGGCCACCGCUGGCGAUGACCGGAGAGAAGCUGCGCUCGCUGCGCAGGGACCACAAGCCCAGCAAGGAGGACGGGGACCUGCUGGCGCCCGGCGAGGAGGAGGCGGCCGCUGCGCCUGGAGGCAUCUUCACCGGAGGGCGGGGGAGCAGCGGCAAGGGCGGCCGGGCCGGGGGCCACCGCAUCUUCAGCAACCACCACCACCGGCUGCCGCUGAAGGGGGGGCCGGCGGCCGGCGGGACGGGCCCGUCCGCCGAGCCCGACAAGUGCCCCGCGCACUUCCCGGUGCACGAGUGCGUCUUCAAGGGGGACGUGAGGCGGCUCUCGGCCCUCAUCCGCACCCAGGGCAUCAGCCAGAAGGACAGUCACGGAAACACUCCUUUACACCUUGCUGUGAUGUUGGGACAUAAAGAAUGUGCCCACUUGCUUUUAGCCCAUAAUGCUCCAGUAAAGGUGAAAAAUGCUCAGGGAUGGAGCCCUCUUGCAGAAGCCAUCAGCUAUGGAGACAGACAAAUGAUUACAGCACUCCUAAGGAAGCUUAAACAGCAGUCCAGGGAAAGUGUUGAAGAAAAGCGACCUCGAUUAUUAAAAGCUCUGAAAGAGCUAGGUGACUUCUAUCUAGAGCUUCAUUGGGAUUUUCAAAGUUGGGUGCCUUUACUUUCCCGAAUUCUGCCUUCUGAUGCAUGUAAAAUACACAAACAAGGUAUAAAUAUCAGGCUGGAUACAACUCUCAUAGACUUUACUGACAUGAAGUGCCAACGAGGGGAUUUAAGCUUCAUUUUUAAUGGUGAUGCCUCACCCUCUGAAUCUUUUGUAGUUUUAGACAAUGAACAAAAAGUUUACCAGCGAAUACACCAUGAGGAAUCUGAGAUGGAAACAGAAGAAGAGGUUGACAUUUUGAUGAGCAGUGAUAUUUACUCGGCAACGUUAUCAACCAAAUCAAUUACCUUCACACGUGCCCAAACGGGAUGGCUUUUUCGAGAAGACAAAACAGAAAGAGUAGGAAACUUUUUGGCAGACUUCUACCUGGUUAAUGGACUUGUGUUAGAAUCAAGAAAAAGAAGAGAACAUCUCAGUGAGGAGGACAUUCUUCGAAACAAAGCUAUCAUGGAGAGCCUGAGCAAAGGUGGCAACUUAAUGGAACAAAACUUUGAGCCUGUCCGCCGGCAGUCGCUCACGCCGCCAUCGCCCAAUACCAUUACGUGGGAAGAGUACAUAUCUGCUGAGAAUGGGAAAGCUCCUCAUCUGGGCAGAGAGCUGGUCUGCAAAGAAAGCAAGAAAACCUUUAAAGCCACUAUAGCUAUGAGCCAGGAAUUCCCCUUAGGAAUUGAAUCAUUGUUGAAUGUUUUAGAAGUAAUUGCACCCUUCAAGCACUUUAACAAACUUAGAGAAUUUGUUCAAAUGAAGCUUCCACCAGGCUUCCCUGUAAAACUAGAUAUUCCCGUGUUCCCCACCAUCACAGCCACUGUGACUUUCCAGGAGUUCCGUUACGAUGAAUUUGAUGAGUCCAUCUUCACUAUUCCCGACGACUACAAGGAAGACCCCAGCCGAUUCCCCGACCUCUAACUGCACUGGGAGGCUGAUGGUGGCUAUCAAUACCAGCGUACCACAGGGAAAGCAAAGGGAUGCAGGCAGCCCACAGAUAGAGGUAGGAAAGUGGGUCACAAAAGGAAGGGAAAAACUUAACAAUCCAGAAGAAAAAGGGAACACGCAUCAAAUGACUGAUGUAUGGAUAUCUAAUGGGCAUCUAAUCCAGUUCCUGAUUUACAGCAAGUCUCCUGGCGUGUCGUGCACGCGUUUAUCCAUGCAGUACUGCAGGCGUGGGCUGGCACCUGGGUGGCCUGAGAACACUCAGCAGCUCUGAGGACUCUCAUUCGUUUUUAAAUUUUUUUACAUUUCCUGGUGAUACAAAAAGCACUCUCGGACCAUUAGCAUCCAGGUUGAGGUGUCUUAGCUGGAUAUUAGCCCUACGACACAGCCCACCCUACUUAAGAUGACCAUAUUAUAUUCUUUCAAGCUUUGUUUUCAUGGAUUGUAAACUAUGUAUCAUUAUGUAUAGUUCAGUACUUUGAAUGUUAGUCAGACGUAUAUUAGAAGGAAUGCGUUUUCUGUAGAGGAAUGAACCAAAUGGUCACCAUUAAAUAAUUGCGUUUUCGUCCUGCAAUACCCUUCAGAAGCAGCAUUGGCCCUGCAGGGAACAAGGUACCUCCUCCAGCACCUUGGUGCAGCCCGUUGUGGUGGUGCAGCCUGUUGUGGUGCUCCCCCCUCUCCCACCCCGCACCUCCUCAUGGGGCUGUUGUUCAUCUUCCCUUCCCUGCCUCUGCACUUCCCCUCUCCGUCCUGCUGACUCGAAGGCCUUGCCCUGCCCCUGCUGAUUAGUGUGCUUGGGGGCUUCUGAGCUAAAAUUGUCACUUCUGUUGUCUCUUUUUUUUCACAUUCACUUGGGAGACUUGCUCCAGAAUGGUGGAGCUUCAACAAGGACAUCUCACGUUUCUGUUCAGCAGCCACUCCAAAAGGUGGAAUGCGUAGAAAGAGUUACUAGAACAAUGAAGCUGAAGCAUUAAAUCUUGUAAGAAGACUCUCUUGAAGUUGUCUAAUUGUAGUGCACACUGAAUAGGGCUCACGUUGGAAGACUUUAUUUGCAAAUGCUUAGGAGGUUUCCAGAUUAAUUUACUCGGUAGAUGUUGCAGUGCUCUGGCUUCUCGAGUUUAUUCUCAUUCCCAGCUCUCCCAGUCUCCUCAUUCGACAAUAAUCCAGCUUCUUGGUUUGUUAGAAAGAAGUUGUGCAAAAGGCUAAUGGUGCUAUUUGUUUGUAUUAAGAGACUUAGAUUAAAGUGCUGUGGUGUCAUUGUACAAAAGUGUAAAUAUUUUCAAAACUAUAUUCUUUGUGCACUGUAGUUAAAACUUUUUCUGGAAAUCAAUAGGUUUAAGUCUCAAGGUUUAUAAUAACGAGUCCCAUCAAUGCUUAGCACAGGCGGCCCUACAGGAGGCACUGGCAGCCCUGUCGGAGCGUGUGGGGCCCGGCUGCAAAGCCCAAAGCAGCGGCUGCAGCGGGACCCUGCGUGCUGCUGGGCAGCCCCGACAGUACCAGCCCCAGGACGGGACAGCCCGGUGGGCAUUGCUGCACCACAGCUGUGGGCUGUGGGCCAUCCCCUGCAGCUGCUCACCCCAAAUCUAAUCAGAAUCGAACCAAGGGAGCUGUAGCACCAUGGCUGCUUUGGAAGUACUGUAUCAGCAGCAGAUGUUGAACAUGCGGUAGGAACGACAGAACUUGUUCUUCCAAGUCAUUAUGAAUUCCUGCAGCAUUGGACAUCUGUACCAUAGGCUGCCAUCCACCUCCUGCUCCUGCCCCACAAGCAGCAGAGACCUCAGUGAAUGUAUGUGGAGAUGGCAUUCAGUGCUGGGGGGCAGUGGGGCCAGAGAGGCUCCUCCUCUCUCACAGGUGCCUGUUGCGGGGUGGAACAUUGCGUGCGGUGCUGCAGCUCAGGUCUCAUGCUGUGUGUGGCGCUGCAGCAAGGGCAGGGGCUGGCCAGGAGCACUCAGGUGCUUGGAAAUUUCAGCAAAUGCAGAAGGUGAAUGUUAGAAAUCCUUUUUCUCAGUAUUACAGGGGAAGAGCCACGCGUGUCUCAUCUCUGCGUUUUUGGUUACUGCAAAUGGCCAUCACAGGGCUUGCUGGCAGUAGAAGGUGCACACGUAGCUGCGUGGUUUAGGCAGUGUAGUGACUGCAGGGGGUGGAUUCUGGACUUAAAAACCCAACAAAGCUCUUUGUGCAGCCUCACAUGGAAGCAGAGGGUCCCGUGUGUCUCCUUGUGGGCUGUUCCACACGCAAGCUGGUGUCUGACUGCCCACUGCACUUUGGAGAAGUGUUUUCUGUGAUUUCCAUGGAUUUUGGGUUUUUUUUAACCUUCAUGAUUAUCCAACUACUAACUUUGAUACAUUGUAAGAUUUGCAGAAACUCUUUCUAGUGGGUUGCUCCCCUGAGGGUUGCUCUAGUCUGGAGCGUCAGCAGAGGUGACAUGGAUGUGGUUGACUAUAGGCUUUUUACAUCAUUCUGGUGAACACAUCCCACUGCUGCUUUUUUUCUUGCCGUGGAGCCGAAGGAGCCCACUCCAACAGCUUGUCCUUCCCUGUUCAAUGACUGUUUGGGUUCCUGUGGCAGCUUCCUGAAGUCAGACUCAGUGAACUGUUCCCCGGUACAUUUUUUCCCACCUUUUGGUGAUGCAUUUUCUGUCUGAAACAUUCCUAGUGCUGAGUUUUGAACCUUCAAAGGCAGGGCCAGUCGGGGCAGGGUUUCAGCUGGUGGGAAUGCUGAGCUGAGCCUGUCCUGGGGCCUGGCUGCAGCCCCCAGGUGUGAGGCAGUGCGGCUGUGCCGCUGCAGCCCUGCGGUGCCAACUGCCCACACCGAUGGAGGGAGUUUAUCCACCGCAGCCUGGUGCUGGCUGCACCUUGUGCCGUACUACUGCAGAGUGUGUCUGGCUAGGGCUGUGGAGUGGGGGGCUGCUCCUGGCACAGGGAGCCUUGGCCUGCAGCUGAGCCAUGGGCACCGGUGCCCUUUGCCACCUUUUCUCAUCUCUCAGAGGUUUAUUUUUCCCAUCAGGGUUGAUCUAGCAGAACUUCAUUCUUGUUUUCCCCUUUAUCUUUUCCAUAAGACCACGCUGGGAGUUAAGGGAAGGUUUGGGCACCUGUAGAGUAAAUGCACACCCCCAGCAGUUUCACAGAGGUGGUCUCAUCACUGCUGCUGUGCCACACAACUCGUGUCAGCUUCAAGUUGUUGGUGUUUCGGACACCCCAGGAUGGGAGAGGGUCUGGGUAACCAGAGGGGCCUCUCUGGACAGGUCAGCUGAGGGGCACAGCCUCUGCUGUGGUUUGCACACACAGGAUGGCAAAGGACCUUGCAGGGGCUGGGUGGGAAUGGGCUGUUGCAGCACGGCAGGAGGGACCUCUGCCCUGGGGCUGGGAGGAGGAGAGGCUGCUCUGCUCAGGGCCUUGUUUCUCUCUGAUCUCACCCCCUGUUGGGUUUUUGUCCCUUUUGAUGGCUGUGAGGACUUUUUAUGACUAAACAUUAAAAGACAGCCAGUAAUUUUGGUAGACUGAAAUAUUUAAGAAAUCGUGGCAAAAGAAUUCCCAGGGUUGUGUUUACCCACACUGUUAUACUGGUCUUCCAAACCAUUGCUUUAACUUGUGGCAAAGGGAAUGCGUUUUCUUCUUCCUUUCCGGGAGCUGCUGCUCAGUCACUGUACUCACUUUACUGCAACUCUUGAUUGAUCUAUUGAAACAAUUAGUUACAAAAGCCUCUGGAUAUGUUUGUGCUGGAAACCCACCUCGUUAAGUUGAUACUCAAAGCAACUGUCUGGUUCUUUUUUUUUUCAAAUGUAUUUGUUCUGGAUUUGUAAUUCAUGCAAGGAUAUCUGCAUUAUUUAAUCUGUAUUAACAAACUUCCUGUAAUGCUGCAGUUUCACGUUUAUUUUCCUUACACUUUGUAAUUGUCAUGGAAACAAUGUCACUUUUGCAUUUUACUAGGUGUCCGGUCCAUGUUUUUAACUGACCUUCACUAAUGGUAACUUUGGGUUGUAUCAUUUGUUAGAAUAAAGACCAAAAUACCCUGUUUGAUUCUGAAA